CACGAACCAAAACACAACAUUAAUUCAUACUUACAGCCCCUCGUAGCUGAACUGAAUGUGCUGUGGAAAGAUGGCAUAAGUGUCAAGGCACAUGGGUCAACUACAAAUGCCAAAUUCCAUGCUGCUCUUCUUUGUGUUGGCUGCGACAUCCCAGCAGUGAGAAAGGUUUGUGGAUUUACUGGCCAUGGAUCAAAUAUAGGCUGUUCAAAAUGCAAGAAAUUUUUCCCUGGCUCAGUUGGUACCAAAAUUGAUUUUUCGGGCUUUGAACCAUGCCCUCCAAGGAGUAACAAUGAGCACAGACUGCAAGCACAGGAGAUCUUGAACCAAACAACUGCUAACACAGAGUAACUCCAAACAUACAUCUGCAUACCCAUCUUGUUGAGUGUGUCUUGGAUUAUGGACCUGUGUAUUCAUUUUGGCUGUUCAGCUUUGAGCGCUAUAAUGGAAUUCUUGGCGAGUACGGAACCAAUCAACGUGCUGUUGAGAUACAGUUAAUGCGCAAGUUCUUAUCAAGUCAGUUUAUGAAGGAUCUGCCUUUGCCUGUUGAGUUCCAAGAUAUAUUUAAACCUCUGCUUAACAGACUGUACUCAAAACAAUCAGGAAGUCUUCAAGAACAGUGUCUAACUGAGAAGGACCAGGUGUCUGGAGAAAUUAUCCAAGCUUAUGUGCUGUCCAUUGGUCAUGUGCGAACUGGUGGCAAAUUUGAGAGCAGUUUCUAUUUGUACACAUGCUGUGGACCAUACUCAAGAGACACUAUAGAUGUAGAUGUUCUUCCCCAUCUAAAGAAAUCCUAUGCUACCAAGGCAUCAAAUUGAAAUUGCUUUUAACUUCCGAUAAGUCCUGGAAAUGUUCAAAAAAAUUAAAUGAAUAAUUGAACAUUAAAAAAAAUAAGCCCACCAAAAAGUCGCUUUAGGAAAAUGUUGGCCCAGUGCUCAUUAUCAGAAUUUAGGUUUCUCAGGCCCUCAAUGGUUACAUUACGCAGCCAGUAUAAAAUUGUCAUUUUUCUUAUUAAUUACUUGCGCUUUUGUUGGAAACUUAAUUUUGUUUUUUUUGCAACCUGUUACAGUGGAACCUUGAUUUAAAAAACCUCUAUAUAAAGAAGUCCUCAGUUUAGCGAAUGAUGCAAUGCAUUUUUCACCCUAGUAAAAGUAAAAUAUAUAUAAAAAACUUGAUAUAAUAAAACCUCAUAAUAUUGUGAACAUAUUUUGUGAGACCCAUGGCCCUUCCUUUUAUUAUAAGGGUUCCACUGUAUGGCAUGGACAUUAGCAAGAUUUCUUAGGGAUUUUCUAUAUAAAACCAUUAAAAUGACUGGCAAGCAACUAGUAA